UCCCAAAUUAACUGUUACUGAGGUUUAUAUAUUGUAAAACAAGAGGGGGGAUUUGUUCAUUUGAAUGUCAUGCUCGUUUUAUUAUUUAAAAGUGGAACAUAAAUUGCAUAAUUCAAGUCACGAGUGAAGUUUAUGAGUUUAUUGAUCCCUUCGGAUUUAUUGAUCCCCUCGCCACUCCAUGGAAGUCGCCUUCGGAGUUUUGUGAGCAACACGUGACAACGGAGGGCCCUCGGAGCGAGUUGGUAGGGGCAGUUUGGAAUUCAAAAAGCAUGUUGCUGUUCUGUAAUUUGUGACACACUGUCCCCUGGUGGACAAUGUAGCCAGUGUACGGUAAAUGAUUAUGAAGAGUCGAAAAACAAAUGUCUUUCAAGUGAGAGCCAGGCAUAGUUGAGGCGACACCAUGGAGUUCAGCAGGAUGGAGUUCUUCCAAGAGCUAGGGGAGAGCUGUUCUCCCUAUGGCCAGCAGGGAGUGGAACAGGUCUGGCAGCUGCUGCUCCUCUGCCUGCUCUGUCGACUCCUCUGUAGGCUGGAGAGCUGCAUAUGAUUGAAACAAUGACCUGGCAUAAAAUUAGAGGUUCUCAGAUGGUGGUGGCCAUGAAGGCCAUUUCUCUGGCUUUUGACCUGGACAGAGGCACCGGGCCUGCUGUACCCAAUCCUCUGGAGUUCACAGGCUACAUUCUCUUUGUGGGCACUGUUGUCUUUGGGCCCUGGGUCAGCUACUCAAGCUACAAAGAGGCCAUUGAGAGCCACAAGCUGAAAUGUUCAGUCAGCUGGGUCAAAUGCCAGGUGUGCUUGGUGAUAUCCAACUGCAUCGCCCCAUACCUCUUCCCUUACUUCAUUCCAAUCCACGGGGGCAGAGGACGCAGGUGGCUCCACACCUAUGAGAAUGCUGUAUCCUUCCACUUCAGUAACUACUUUGUGGGCCACCUUAGCGAAAGUAUUACUGUGCUAGCAGGAGUAGGUUUUACUGAAGACAAGGACAAUGUCAAAUGGGAUCUGAAAGUGGUUAAGCCUCUGAAUGUGGAGUUGGCCAGGUCCAUGGUGCUGGUGGUGACCUGGAACAUCCCCAUGUCUCGCUGGCUCAACACAUAUGUUUUCAAAAGUGCUUUGAAAUUUGGCAGAUUUCCUUCCAUCAUUGUGACUUACACAGACAGUGCCUUGCUACAUGGCCUCAGUUUCCAUCUUGGGGCCGUGCUGCUGUCUCUGGGCUUCAUCACCUACGUGGAACAUGUUCUGAGGAAGAGGCUGGCAGCCAUCUUUAGUGCCUGUAUCCUGUCCAAACAGUGUCCCACCGAUUGCCAUCAUCAGCACCAGAAGAUACAUCUAUGGGUGUAUGGGAUCAACAUGGCCUUCAGUGCCAUGGCCAUCUUCCACCUGACAUACCUGGGCUCCCUGUUUGACGCUGACGUAGAAAACUUGGCUGCAGAGGAGGGUUAUGUGGCCAACCACACCAUUCAGAAGUGGUCAGAGUUGAGCUGGGCCAGUCACUGGCUGGUGUUUGGCUGCUGGGUAUUCUACCGCCUCAUUUAGUGAUCUCAUUGGACGGAAGGUCUGGACUGAACAGAAGACAAUAGCUUGGUCCAAAAAGAACCCUUAGCUCAUGGGUGGGCCAUCUUACCUGACAGUAUUUUCACCAUGUAGCUUGUUUGGAUCCCCCUCAUGGUCGGUUCAGAAACAACACAAGUUGACACAUUCCAGAGUGGACUUGGCUCCCUACCUGUCAGCUUACCUGUGUUUAGGCAAUCAUUAAU